UCUCUCUCUCUCUCUCUCUCAAAUUCUUCCUCGUCCUACAACCAUCAUCUCCGAAAUUCUCUACCCCAAAAUUAACAACAUUUUCUUUUCCUGAUAUCUGGGCUCUCGUUCAAUCUUUUCUCCUGCAUUGAAAUUCCGGCUCUUUCUAACUGAUAAUAUAUGGCUACCGCGUAUAAACCAAAGAACAUCCUCAUAACUGGAGCUGCAGGCUUCAUUGCAUCCCAUGUCUGCAACCGACUUAUCCGAAACUACCCUGAGUACAACAUUGUUGUACUGGACAAGCUUGAUUACUGCUCAAAUUUGAAGAACCUCCUUCCUUCACGAUCGUCCCUCAACAUCAAGUUCAUCAAGGGAGACAUUGGCAGUGCUGACUUAGUCAAUUUCAUCCUCCUGACGGAGUCCAUUGACACGAUAAUGCACUUUGCAGCCCAGACACAUGUUGACAACUCCUUUGGUAACAGCUUCGAAUUUACUAAGAACAACAUAUACGGGACCCAUGUCCUCUUAGAAGCCUGCAAAGUCACUGGUCAGAUCAAAAGGUUUAUCCAUGUAAGCACAGAUGAAGUCUAUGGGGAAACCGAAGAAGAUGCUGUGGUUGGAAAUCACGAGGCCUCUCAGCUCCUCCCCACAAACCCGUAUUCAGCUACAAAAGCCGGGGCAGAAAUGCUUGUCAUGGCAUAUGGCCGGUCAUAUGGAUUGCCUGUGAUAACUACCAGAGGAAACAAUGUAUAUGGGCCCAACCAGUUCCCCGAAAAGCUUAUUCCAAAGUUCAUUCUCUUGGCUAUGAAAGGAAAACCUCUUCCUAUUCAUGGAGAUGGAUCAAAUGUUAGGAGUUAUUUGUACUGUGAAGAUGUUGCUGAGGCGUUUGAAGUUAUUCUCCACAGGGGUGAGGUAGGCCAUGUCUACAACAUUGGGACAAAGAAAGAGAGGAGGGUGAUCGAUGUCGCCAAAGAAAUUUGUGAACUCUUCUCCUUGAAUCCAGACACAGAAAUUAAGUUUGUCGAGAACCGGCCAUUCAAUGACCAAAGGUACUUCUUGGAUGAUCAAAAGUUAAAGAACUUGGGCUGGUUUGAAAGAACUACAUGGGAGGAGGGGCUGAAGAAGACAAUGGAAUGGUAUGUAAAGAAUCCUGAUUGGUGGGGUGAUGUUUCUGGAGCACUGAUUCCUCAUCCAAGAAUGCUGAUGAUGCCUGGAAUUGAAAGACAAUUUGAUGGACCGGACAUCAGCAACUCCGAUUCUGCUCCUGCAGAUAAUUCUAGUCAGAGUCAAAUGGUGGUUCCCUCUCCAAGGAACAAGCCACCUGCUCAGAAGUCAUCCCUGAAGUUUCUGAUUUAUGGUAGAACAGGGUGGAUUGGAGGCCUUCUUGGGAAGAUCUGUGAGAAACAAGGAAUACCUUAUGAGUACGGAAGAGGGCGAUUGGAGGAACGAGCGCAGCUCUUGGCAGAUAUUCAGAGUGUUAAACCGACCCAUGUUUUCAAUGCUGCUGGAGUGACUGGAAGGCCCAAUGUGGAUUGGUGUGAAACUCAUAAACCCGAGACAAUUCGCACGAACGUUGUUGGUACAUUAACUCUGGCAGACAUCUGCAGAGAGCAUGGCCUCCUAAUGAUGAAUUAUGCCACUGGUUGUAUUUUUGAGUAUGAUGAGGCACAUCCUAUAAGAUCAGGCAUUGGGUUUAAAGAGGAAGACAAACCUAAUUUCACUGGAUCAUUUUACUCGAAAACCAAAGCCAUGGUGGAAGAACUUCUGAAAGUUUAUGACAAUGUCUGCACCCUUAGAGUCCGAAUGCCGAUAUCAUCUGAUCUGAGCAGUCCUCGGAACUUCAUUACAAAGAUCGUGCGCUAUGACAAAGUGGUUGACAUUCCUAACAGCAUGACCAUCUUGGACGAGCUUCUUCCCAUUUCGGUUGAGAUGGUGAAGAGGAACUGCAGGGGCAUUUGGAACUUCACAAACCCCGGUGUUGUGAGCCACAAUGAGAUCCUGGAGUUGUAUAAGAAAUACAUUGAUCCCAGCUUCAAGUGGGUCAACUUUACAUUGGAGGAACAAGCGAAGGUCAUCGUUGCCCCUCGAAGCAACAAUGAAAUGGAUGCAUCUAAGUUGAAGAAAGAGUUCCCGGAGUUGUUGCCCAUCAAGGAUUCACUUAUUAAGUACGUCUUUGAACCCAACAAGAAGAGCUUUGCCUGAUUUCCUUAUCAAGUAUUAUUACAAGGAAUGGACUCAUUACCAAUUUCUGCAAUUUUUUUUUAAGUACAAAAGGUCUGCAUUUCAUUUUUACGAUCCGUUCCAUUAUUUAUUGGUAGCUUUGAUAAAAUUCCACAUGAUGGUAUCAUUUCUUACUAGGUUUAGUUUGGAUAUUGUCAUAAGGAGCUCUGAGUGCUUCACAAUACCUGAAUAUUUACUGAAACUUU